AUGACUUUCAAGCUUGGCCGUGUCGUUAGAACGGUAACUGUUUUGGGUGUCCUGUAUGCCAGUGCAAGCGAUGCUGCAGCACCGACGCUCAAGGUGCCAUUAACGUCCAAGCUGGCCCCAAAUUUUGCGGGUUUCUACAAUUCGUCGGCACCCUUGACUAAUGCUGCAUUGAAAGUGGUUACAUCCGUACAAACUGGAGAUGAUCAAACAUUUUCCGAUAUUCUCAUUGAUACUGGUAGCGCGAUUCUCUGGGUUGGCGGUCAAGAAAAGUAUAUCCCCGGAAAUUAUACCCACGAGAUCAACCAAACAUUCAGCGUUGGGUACGGCACAGGUGGCGUGAGUGGUACUGCAUAUGUCGACCGAGUCACUAUCGGUACUGCAACUGUUGAUUCCCAAAUCAUUGGAGACGCGAACUACACGGACGGCUUCACGCUUGUCGAACCCCUCAAUGGCAUUAUCGGUCUUGGCCCCGUAGGCUCGAACUACGGCGAAGUUUCAGGGUUUAAUACCACACCAACUUUUGUUCAAAAUUUGUACACGGAAGGGAAAAUCUCGCACAUGAUUUUUGGCAUCUAUAUCACAUCACUCAGCGAGAGUGGUAUACCCGAAGGGACUGGCGAGAUCACCUUCGGUGGGGUUGACCAGAGUCGCCUAAGCGGAGAUAUUACGUGGCUUCCACAGAAUGAACCCUUAGACUUUCACUGGGAAUUCAAUGCUUCUACUCUAUCUUGGGGUGAUAAACUUCUUGUUACUGGUCCCAUAUAUUCUCGCACCGAUACCGGAGUGUUGCCCAUCGCCAUACCUUCAGAGGCGUUCUUUGACAUCUUGGACGAUGUACCUGGUACCAAUGUCGAUUCGUCCUCUGCUCUUGAGGGUUGUUUGAUCUUCCCCUCGAACGCCACCGCAAAUUCUUUGCCCCCGCUUGAGAUCGGCAUCGGCAAUCUAAACUUCUCCAUUCCUGCUUCCAGCUACAUAGUGCCACCGACCCUCUACUCUGCACUGAAUAUCACUGCUGACAACAUGACACAUACGUUUAUCGCUCCUGGCGGUUUCGGUGCAUUUGAUCUGGGGCAAAAGUUUUUGGAGAACGCGUACUCUGCGUAUGACAUGGAAAACCAUAUGAUUGGCUUCGCUCUCCUCGCAUAA